AUGAGUGAUUUAGAAGAGUAUAGAUCUCAGCUGAAAGAUAUUGAAGAUACUCUUAAACAGGACCCAGAAAAUGAAUCGUUAAAAGAGCUUCAAAAAGAACUACAAGAUCUUGUAUCAUUACUUUCUCAAGAAGAAGAACAACAGCAACAGGAAGAACAAGAACCAUCUAAAUCAGCUACCCCAUUACCUCCAUCUUCCAGAGAUACAACACCAUCUACUUCUUCAAGCAUAGAUUUCAAAGUUGGCGAUAUAGUGUAUGUAAAGAAUAAGCUUGAUAAAGAAUUUAAAGAAGUUAAAAUAACUACAAUAUCAGGAAACAAUAAAUUAAUAACAGUUAAAUUUGAAGAAGAUGACAAAAUAGAUACUUAUCCUAUUGAGGAUAUUUAUAAAGAAAAACCUAAAAUGAAUAAAUAUAGAUUAAAGAAACAAAAAUUAGAGAAUCAACAAUUAAAAUCAAAAGAAUCUGAAAAAGAGAUGAAUAAAAGUGUACAAAGUUGGAAAAACUUCAAUAGCAAAAAGAAGAAAAAAAUUGGUAUUAAUGAGAAAUCUCAAUUCAAGACUUCUGAUAAUGUUGGUUCAAAAGUUGGUGUGGUAAAUUCAGGUAGACCAAUGACUGAAACAAAGAAAAAGGAGAGAGCACUACAUAGAUAUAAUCCAUACUAA